GCGAGCAGCUGGGAGUUCACCUGUGCUUGCGGGGGGGAGGGGGGAAGACCCGCACAGGGCACGGGGCUUCGAGCCACCCGGGGUGGGGAGCGGCUCUCUGGCAGCCAUGAUGAAGUUUAUACUGCUCUUCAGCCGACAAGGGAAAUUAAGACUCCAGAAAUGGUUUAUUACACUGCCUGAAAAAGAGAAGAAAAAGAUCACCCGAGAAAUUGUGCAGAUUAUUUUGUCUCGCAACCAGAAAACGAGCAGUUUUGUUGACUGGAAAGACCUCAAGCUUGUUUACAAAAGGUAUGCUAGCUUAUAUUUCUGCUGUGCAGUUGAAGAGCAGGAUAACGAACUCUUGACCCUAGAAGUUGUCCAUCGUUAUGUAGAGCUACUGGACAGAUACUUUGGCAAUGUGUGUGAACUGGAUAUUAUUUUCAAUUUUGAAAAGGCGUACUUUAUUCUUGAUGAGUUUCUGAUGGGAGGGGAAAUUCAAGAGACUUCCAAAAAAUCUGCAGUGAAAGCUAUAGAGGAUGCUGAUAUGUUACAAGAGACAAUGGAAGAAUAUAUGAGCAAGCCUGCCUUCUAACUAGAACCUACAUAAACAGAAAACGAGGCUGCAUACCAAUGGUAUAUGUAAAAAUCUGCCUGCUCCUGGAUUUUAUUUAAACAAUGAACCCCUCCCAUCUCAAACCCCCCUGAAGGGAGCUGCCUAUGCAAUAGUCAAGAUGAAGGUCAGCCACAAUAGCGCAAACAUGUGUUCUAUUUUAUAUGAGCAUGAUAGUAAACAUUCUUGGCUGUCCUGAUUGAAUGUUUGUUUUUACGGCAAUUUUUAGCUACCUGCCUUUCACUUCCAAGAAACGGAUACUAGAACACUUGAAGGAUAUAUUUAUAUGAUUUGGGUCAGUUUUUCACCAAUUCAGUGUAAUUUUGUAAAAUAAUAAUAAUAAUGAACCAACCAA